AAGACUACAGACUCACUACAUGCUAGCUCUUAACAACUCGCAACACUAACACGCAACUCCUACGCCUUCCCUCCGCUGCAGAAAUUCACCCUGACUGGUUUAAAAGACAGUUUACAUGGAAGGGAACCCGCUCCGUGCUGAGGAAAGAACCGCCCCAAAAUAAAGUACGUCAUCACUGAGGGACAAAUCUCUCAGGCUUGACCCGGAAGUAUAUAGUCACGUGUUCGUGGGUCAUGGUAAAUACAAUGUUGUCCUCAUGGAAAUACAUGUGCAGUUUAAGGUAUUUAUAUAUUUAAACCUGUGAAGGCUUUAGUCUAUUCUUUAUCUAUCGGUAUUUAUAAAGACUUUGUACUUUAACAUAGACUUGUUCGCCAAGUGGAGUGACUCUACGUUCUGCUCGUUAAAGUUAACUCAUGUCAAAUUAGCACACAGUUGUUAUCUUUGGUUCGACUGUAUUCCUAAACGAUGAAGGGGAAAUUGAAGCAUAACAGCAAAAAGAAAAAGGGAAAUGAGGUGUUGCAGAAGUACAUGGUGGCCGUGGAUGAGUUUAUAAAAAAAACUGGUAAUGAAGAGCAGGUCGAGAGUGACCACAGCUUAAGAUUUGUGAAAAAGAAAAGCAGGAAAGAGUUACGCAAAGAAAAGCGUAAGAUGAAAAAGGCCAAAAUGAAAAGUCAUUAUGAGGGUAAGAAGACCCUCAGUUUACCCCAUGAUAACAGUGACAACUCGGGAAUACCAGCUGAUGAACAGCAGAAGAAGAAGAAGAAGAAGAAGAAGAAAAAUAAUGAUAAAGUAAAGAAAGAGGUGACAGAAGCUCCAACAAAAAAGUCUAACAACUCUAAAGCCCCAUCCACAUCAAAGAAAGGCAAGAAGAUCAAUAAACUGCAAGAAUCCAGAAAAAUGGCACUUCUGGAGGCAAAUGAAGAUGAGGACAGGGAGAUAAAGAGAUUGGAGCGCUUCCUGGGAAUGAACAAAAGGAAAAACAAAAAAACUCUCCCUCAGUCUUUUGUGGCGGAUGGGCUCGAUUACAUCCUCGGGAUGCUGGACUCUGGCUCAUCGGCUGCAGGUAUGUACGAUGAAGAUGAUGACAUGGACAUGGCUAAGGAGAACUUUGAAAAGCUUGAUGAAAACAAGUCUCAGAUGUCAGAUGAAGAAGGAGAAUCUGGAUCUGGAUCUGGAUCUGGAGAGGAGGUGGCUAGUGAAGUCAGCGAUGAGGAUGUGGAGUCUCUCAAAAAUGAGGAGGACAGUGAAAUGGAUGAUGAUGAUGAUGAUGAUGAUGAUGAUGAUGAUAAUAGUGAUGAUGAUGAUGACGAUGAUGGGAAAGUAGAGGAGGAAAUGGAAGGUGACUUGGAAGAGAGUGAUGCUGCUGACUCCGCUGAUGAAAAUGAAGGAGAGGAGAAUGACGAAGAAGCAGACACUCCUGACAUGACAACAGACUCAAAGUCAGAAAAUGUCAACUCAGCAGCAGGUAAGUAUGUUCCACCUCACCUGCGGAAUAUUGGAGAUGAUAAACGUAGAGCCGAGCUUGAAAAACUGAAGAGGAAUGUUAAAGGCCUGGUGAACAGGUUGAGUGAGCCCAAUAUGGCAUCCAUUAGCAAUCAGCUGGAGGAACUGUACAUGAGCUGCAGCAGGAAGGACAUGAAUGACACCCUGACAGAGGUGGUACUGGCUGCCUGCGUCACCCCAGCCCUGAUGCCUGACAGACUGCUGAUGGAGCACGUCCUGCUCGUCAGCGUCCUCCAUCAUACUGUCGGUCUAGAGGUGGGGGCUCAGUUUCUGGAGACAGUUGUGCGAAAGUUUGACGAGGUGUACAAAAACCCGACUGAAAGCAAGGAGUGCGACAACUUGAUCGCCAUUGUCGGUCACCUCUAUAACUUCCAGGUGGUGCAUUCUGCCCUCAUCUUCGACAUCCUCAAACUGUUGGUCGGAGCGUUCACAGAGAAGGACGUUGAACUUGUUUUGUUCGUGCUGAGGAAUGUCGGCUUCGGCCUAAGGAAGGACGACGCUCUUGCUCUCAAAGAGCUCAUCUCCGAGGGCCAGCGCAAGGCCAAUGACAUGGGGAGCAAGUUUCAGGAUCAGACCAGAGUGCGUUUCAUGCUUGAAACGAUGCUGGCUUUGAAGAACAAUGAUAUGAGGAAGAUCCCAGGCUAUGAUCCAGAGCCUGUGGAGAAACUGAGGAAGCUGCAGAGGACUCUGAUAAACCGCAGUUCAGGAGGCAGUGACAUGAAACUGAGGGUCUCUCUGGGAAAUCUCCUGGCAGCAGAGCAGGUGGGCCGCUGGUGGAUCGUGGGCUCAUCAUGGAGUGGAGCACCCAUGAUCAGCAAGGAGCAAGGCAGCAGUACGUCAAAACAGAGCUCAGCUGAAGGACAGUUUAGUGCUAAAGUCCUGGAUCUGGCUCGGAAGCAGAGAAUGAACACUGAGGUCAGACGCAACAUCUUCUGUGUGAUCAUGACAAGCGAAGAUUACCUGGACGCCUUUGAGAAGCUGCUCAGGAUGGGCCUGAAGGACAAGCAGGAGAGAGAGAUUGUUCAUGUCCUGAUGGACUGCUGUCUGCAGGAGAAAAGCUUUAAUGCUUAUUACGCCGUACUGGGAGAGAAAUUCUGCUCACAUGAUCGACGCUUCCAGAUGACGUUCCAGUUCAGUCUCUGGGACAAGUUUAGGGAGUUGUCAAACCUUCCCAGCAGCACCUUCAACAACCUGGUCCAGCUGGUUACCCGCUUCCUGCAGAAGAAGAGCCUUUCACUCUCCAUACUCAAAGUAAUAGAGUUUGGGGAGCUUGACAAACCCACUGUGCGCUUCUUACGCCAGGUGCUAACCAAACUGCUUAAAGAAUCUGAGCCUGAGGACCUGGUCAGCAUAUUUGGAAGGAUCUCAGGAAUUCCUAAGCUAGGAAUGCUGCGAGAGGGCUUGAAGCUUUUCAUCAGCCACUUCCUGCUGAAGAAUGCUCAGACACAGGGACCAGCUGAGCAAGCAUCGCUGCUGUCAGAGCGUGCACAGGUCGCCUCCAGAGCCAUGGAGGCCAAGGAGGCCAAGCUCAAACUGUAAAACACACACACACACACGCACACACACGCACACACACACGCACACACACGCACACACACACACUGAACUGACUGAACUAUGGAACAGAAGUAGAUGGCUUGUAAGGAAUUAUUUCUUCAUACAAAGAACCCAAACCUACAGUUUUCUUUCAGCAGACAAUACAGAAUAUGUGUGUAUUUUUUUUUAAAUAAAAUAAUUGUGUUUUUACUUUGAAAAGUUCUUGUACAUAGUUUUUUCCAGGAAAAUGUUUAAAUUGAUAGGAAACCAAUGCAUUUAGGAACCCACCAAUCUCUGCACUCUGUGCAAUAUUUUAAAGCAGUGCGUGUUCAUUUAUCUCAAUAGUAUUUGGCAAAAAAUACCUUGAUAUUUAAUGACACACUGACAAUUUGUUGGUAUUUCCUUUGUAUUUACAUACUUCACCUCUCAAAUACAUUGUUCAUGAUGCUGCUUGUAAAUUUGUUUACAGUUUCUUAAAUACAACUCAAAAAACCUUCA